CGGACGAUAUCCUAAUCCAAGUGGUCCCCGCAUUUAUUAUUGCCUACCUUUUUGCCAAUACCUUGCUUUGAUUAGACGCCAUAGGCCCAUAAGAGAGUUCCGCGACUGGGACCGAAAGGUAUCCUCGAGGGUUAUUGGUAACAGAGUUCAUCAAGAUCCAAAGAAAAUGUUAAAGGAAAAUUUUAAUAUUUGAAGAAAGUAGAGGAGUUGAAUGGACAUUCUGUAUAUUGCAAAGGCGCAAGCAGCGAUGAAGUGAGGAGAUCUUCAGAGCUCGACACGAUGGCUCAGGGACAGCGCGAAUCGGAUGCGGCGGCGGCGACGGCGGCGGAGGCGGUGAUAGGGCAGCAGCAGAAGGGUUACGCGGUGGAGUUGUACUUCGACCCGGCGUUGGAGAAUCAGGUGCUCAAGGCCUGGAACGUUCUCGCCCGACGCCAGAUCAGCACCAGACUCAUCGAGAUCUCCGCCCGCCCCCACCUCACCCUCCUCUCCAUCCCCUCCCUUGAUCCCCUCCGCCUCCAGGCCUCCCUCCGCUCCCUCACCGCCCGCCUUGACCCGCUCCCCCUCUCACUUUCUUCCGUCGGCGCCUUCCCUUCCUCCCCCUCCGACGCCGGCAAAGGCGGAGGCGUGCUCUUCCUCGCCCCUACCCCCUCCGCCGACCUCCUCAACCUCCACUCCCAGGUGUGCGACGCGCUCCGCAAGGAAGGGAUCGAGCUGCCCGAAGAGUUCCGCCCUGGUUCCUGGGUCCCACAUUGCUCCGUCGCCCAGGAUGUGCCACGUAGCCGCAUCGCCGACGCAUUCUGCGUCCUUCGGGACCUCAAGCUGCCUGUCUCCGGCUACGCCAUGGACAUCGGGCUCGUCGAGUUCUCCCCUGUUCAGGAGAUCUUCUCCUUCCCUCUAGGAAGCAAUUCUGAAUCUUGAGAUACGCCGCCAGCGUUACUUUCCCAACUAGGGCAUCAAAAUCGUAUCUUGCACGAACAUGAAGAAUUAACUGUAAGUUCACUGUCUGUUAGCAAAGUUCCUCCGAUUCUUGAAACCAUUUUAAAGCGCUUCCCUGAUGACUCGUUAAACUUUUUUGUUGUUGUUGUCCACCUCAUUUGUUGCUUCCUAAAUGCUUUAAAUGAUUGCAAAGGCUGAUGACAUUGGCCCUCUGCCCAGGUUUGCUAA